AUGAGGUACUACUUGGCAGAGCAGUUAAAGAUGCUGAGUGAAGAGUAUAGCUCCAACAAUAAACCCCCAAAGGUGCUCCUCUAUCGUUUGCCCCUCCUCUUUGCCAUAGUCUCAACGGCUGAACUGACCACCCUCCUAAAAGGCCGGAAUUUGACCAGUCUCGAGGAACGUCUAUCUAGACUGGAGCAGACGACAGAACAACGACUGAACGUCACAGAGAGUGUGUUAGGACAGCUACUGACAGGGAGAAGUGAUGCCAAUGUGUCAUCCCUGGAUGUUUUAUACCUUAGAUAUGGUGUCCUGGCCGAUCAGUCAGAUCCUGUCCUGUUUUCUGCAUACAAAUCCUCAUCUACAGGCAGUAUUAGUACUCGGACAAUCAUAAGAUUUGAUCAGACGUACAUCAACAUAGGAAACCAUUACCAUACAGAAGACGGAAUCUUCAUUGCUCCUACGUCAGGCAUCUACAUGUUCCAUUGGACCAUAGCUACAGGAAGCAGUGCUUUUUAUACCCAGUUGAUUGUAGGAGGUACAUCUCGUGCUUCAAAUUAUAUCCCUUACCCAGGAGGAGAAGACUCUAGUUCAGCGAUGGUGAUCAUAAACGUGAACAAAGAUGACCACAUUUGGAUUCAGAUUUAUGGAUCUAGUGAGCAGGUCCUUGGCGGGGGUCCUGCCGUGGGAAACAUUCAGUCAACCUUCACCGGAAUUCUUCUAAGACACACACAUAAUGUCGUGCAAUCUUCAUGA